AUGGACGCUACCUUCGAACUGGUCCGAGGAGGAGUACCGCGGCUUGGGCUUCGUGUGAAGCUUCUGUCUCGAUAUCGACGAUCGCCACGACCUCUGCUCAAGCUUCUGCUGCGGGUUCUAUUGCGUGGAGGGGGAGAUCUGCUUCCAUCCCGAUGCCCAUUCCGCCUUGGUGACAUACCGGGGCUUGCAUCUCUCAAGCGGGCCCGGGAUCGCGAGGCAUCUGAAUGGCGGGAUCGCAACGAAGGAGACCUCCGCCGCGAAUGCGAGCGAACAGGUGUAUGCGACCUACGACGACCACGGGAGUGUGCUGGAGAAGGAGAUCGGGACCGGGAGGGCGAUCGAGAACGCAUCGCGGCUAUGGGCGAGCUAGAAACUGCAAAGCUUCACUCCAAAAACACACACAGAGAGGGAGACCAAGAGCAAAAUAACAAUAACAGCUAA